AAUUUGCAGACUCCAGAGGAAUCAAGAAUUAUGAAGAGAUCAGUCUCGGAAUAUUCAGUGCAGAGUUGAUCAUGUCCUCAAAAUAUGCCAAAGUGCAAACCUUUUUGAAACAGAAUGGUUUGUUGGUAGGAAAUGUAGCAGGUGCGAUUGUGGGGCUGAUAUGUGGGUUCAUAAUUAAGCAGUUGGACCCAUCGCCAGUCACCCGAGACUUGGUGGCAUACCCAGGAGAGAUUGUAAUACGGGGUCUCCAACUCUUAGUUUUACCCGUGGUUUUCUGCAGCCUCGUUUCUGGAUCCGCGAGUCUCAACGUGAAGGCGAAUGGAAAGCUCGCAGCUCGAACUUUCUCAUAUUUCCUGGUCACCUCUCUUUUCAACGCCGUGAUGGGAAUCUUCCUCGCCAUCAUUAUCCAUCCGGGGGGAUCUGCCAUUAGGAGCGAACUGCAGAGCUACUCCACCGUUGGGGUCAUAGAAGAAAGAGAAAACACCCUGUUGGACAACUUUCUAGACCUGGGCAGAAAUUUUGUGCCGUCCAAUAUUAUUUCUGCAUUUUUUGAACAAACUACGACGCUAUACACUCCAAAGCCAGGUGGGGUUGAUGCUUUCACCAAAACCUUGGUGCCCAGGCGUGGAUGGAAUGCCCUUGGCGUAAUAUUUUACGCUCUCAUCCUCGGAAGUGUCAUGUCCACUCUCGAAGAGAAAGCCAAACCUCUACUGCAAAUUUUCUCUGCCUUUGACACUGUAAACAUGAAAAUGAUCACCACGUUCAUUUGGGCCACCCCCGUCGGUGUGGCAAGUUUGAUUUGUUCCAAGGUUCUCGAAGUAUCCGACAUUGGAGCGCUGUUCACUUCCCUUUUGACCUUCAUCUUCACUGUCGCAAUUGGAUUGGCACUUUAUCAAUUCGUUAUAAUGCAGCUCAUUUAUUUCAUUGUGCUCAAGAAAAAUCCUUUCGAGUUUUACUUGUCAGUUUUGCCAGCAGCCAUCACAGGCUUUGCUGUGGAUUCUUCGUCGAUUGCAAUGCCCGUGACGUUGCAAUGUUUGGACGAAAAGGCAAAAGUGGACCCACGCGUCUCGCAUUUUGUCGUCCCAAUCGGGGUCACGGUCAACAUGGAUGGCACCGCUCUUUUUAUCAGCAUCGCUUCCAUUUUCAUUGCACAAAUGAACCAGAUCGAUCUGAGCAUUGGAUCUUACGUCAACAUUUGUAUUACAGCCACGCUUGUCAGCAUUGCAGCUUCCGGCGUCCCAAGCGCCUCGUUGACUCUGAUUUUUAUUGUGUUGCACACAAUCAACGCUCCAGUUCAUGAUGUUGGCCUUUUAUUGGCGAUCGAUUGGCUCGUAGAUCGUCUCAGAACUACAAAUAAUAUUCUUGGCGAUUGCUAUGCUGCUGCUCUGGUUGAACACUGGUCAAAAGAUGAAUUGAAGCAAAUGGAUGAUAGGGACGUUCAAAACGGCAUUCCAGCAGACUCUCCAAAGUUGAAUGAUGGGGUGGGAUUAGCUUAGGAUUAGUUGUUUCAAGAUAAUUAAGAUUAGAAAGUAGCACCAGGAUGCAAAACCUACAUAAUAUGAAUACGGACCUUAGAUUCCUAAGUACCCCUGUUGCUGAAUUAUGCAAAAUUUGAGUGCAAUUUUUUGUAAUGAAUACGAAAAUGUAUUUUACGGUUUUUAUUGCAAGCUACAAUUUAAAGCUAAUUCAAUAUAUGUAUCCUACAACUAUGAAAGUUACGCAUCCAAAAUAAAUGCACUGACAUAGGUUAUACUUGCUAAUAAAAUAAUACACA